AUGAUGGUGCUUGCAAAAUUGCGUGGAAGCAACGCUCUAGUAGAAGCUGCGGUCCGUAACAGUACGGCGGCCUUUAGCAUGGCUGGCCGCGUGACAUUCGACGAAUUCACAGCUGGAGCCGACGUCAAACAGCUAGAGUUUAUGAAGGAGCAGAUUGUGCAGGUUGACGAGCAGAAUUACGUGGUGGGGCCCAUUAGCAAGAAAGAUGCGCAUAUCCACGAUGGCGUGCUGCACCGCGCCUUUAGCGUCUUCGUCUUCAACUUCGAGAACGAAUUGCUGAUCCAAAAGCGCGCAAGCGAAAAAAUUACGUUUCCUGGUUUCUGGGCCAACACGUGCUGCAGCCACCCACUCUUUAUUGAAAGUGAGCUCGAAGAUGGCGUUGGCGUAAAGCGUGCGGCCAUUCGAAAGCUGGAGCACGAGCUUGGCAUACCUACCUCAACAUUUGCCAUAAACGACCUGGUGUAUGUUUCCUCUGUCAUGUACAAGGCCGCGUCUGGUGCCAAUUGGACGGAGUACGAGAUGGACCACAUCCUCUUCGCCCGUGGCGAGGUUUCUCUGGACAAAUUGAAUAAGAACGAGGUGGAGCAGGUCGAAUAUGUUGCGCAUGAAAACUUGCCGACACUUCUAAGCGAUUCCACACGAAAGCUCUCGCCGUGGUUUCACCUUAUUGGCUCGAAGUUGCUACCGCAUUGGUGGAGUAACCUGGACACUGUACUGGAGAAAGACAACGCCAACUGUGAGAUCUAUGACUUCCGCAGGGCAUCCAACGCUCAGCUACCAUUUAAUACGGAUGCCUGCCUAAGAACAAGCUUUCACGACUUCAAAAAGAACACUUAA